AUGACAUUAUUACACCAUGCCUUACUCAUUCUGUCCCUCACGGCUGCUGUCAGUUACGGCCUCAACAACCGCACACCGCCAAGCGUCUCACGCAUGAUCAAAAAGACAUCUGCAAUCGGAAUAUUAUCCAUUCUGAGCAUUACACUUCAUGCUCCUCUUCUACUUGUCGCAGCCCAGUCCUUUGGCGCCAUUGGAGACAGCUUUCUCGCCUGGGAAGGAGCUGAAGCAUUCCUUUGCGGCCUGGGGAGCUUCUUGAUUGCACACCUCUUCUACAUCGCCCUAUUCGCUCAAAGUGGUGGUGGCAUAGAAGCCCUCUUGUCUGAAAACUGGAGGGUAUUUUCUGCCUCGCUCAUGAUGGCGCUAGCUGUUGGCAUGCUCACCAAAUUGCUGCCUGCCCGUAAAGUGAAAAGAGAUGGGCUCCAGAUUCCAAUUCUCAUCUACUCCAUGGCAAUUUGCGCCAUGGUUCUUGCGGCACUCACGAUGGAUGGUAGUCGUUUGAUCUUUGGUGCAAUCAUGUUUACUUUUUCGGAUACUCUGCUGGCCAUUGAGAGAUUCUUACUUCCUCCCAUUUCACGCAAUCGAGCUUGGAUGGAGCACACUGUUUGGGCACUUUACUAUCUUGGACAACUCUUGAUCAUGGUGGGGUUGUUAGAUUUCCUCUAAUUCCUUUGAGGAUUUAGCAUUUUCAGUUGAAGGAUAGCUUUGGAGGCAGGCCAUGAGGACGAAGAUUAGGUGGAUAGAGCAAGCGCGGGAUGCUUGUACAAGAAGUCUGGUUACUUACACAUUCCUACUACUCCAUUGCAUUUAAUCAAGUAUUGUAUGAGCGGGCUGGAUGUGAUUUAUGGAAAUGGCG